ACUCGAACCCCGAUAGCGGUAUCGCUUCUCCUGGCGUAAAUGGUCCUUAUUCUUGGUCGCGACUAGUCUCACUAUAUUUCUUAUACAUACCUCUGGUCUGGCCGCAGUUGCGAAGAUGUCUCUCCUUCACAAUGAAGAUUUUACGAUUUGGCAGUUGCGCACCUCCUAUCUGUCUACGAUCAAGGACGGCAUAGGCGAUAGGCUUAUAAACGUGAACAACACCGUACUCAAUACGCCAGGAUUCCGCGCGGCUGGCUGGUCUUCGGCUUCUACGAACCCAAAUACGCAGAGCGCUGCAGCCCACAUCAAGCGUACUUAUUCUCCUCCGAUUCCCACGACAACUGCCGUUGCCUCGGAGUAUUAUCAACUAGGCGUGGCCCGAGACGCUAGCGAUGCGCAGAGACUCGGACUCGGGGAUGAUGCCGACGACGACGAAGGCGGGAUGGUAACCGGGAAGACCAACACGGAGUUGAUUGGGCGUCGAAACCGCGGGAAACGAGUCCAUCGAAGGGAAAGACAGCAGCACGAUCACCAGAAACACCGAGAAGCAGAGGAAGAUGACAGCAGUGACUUGAGUGAUGAGAGCGACGAUGACGGAGACAGUGCUCGAAGUGCUGCAAAUCAGAUCAAGUUCAUGAAAAUGCCAAUACGGACAAGAGCCGGAUCAUCUCCCAUACGCUCAUCAGACCGCCAGGAAAGUCCGCAGGUCAUGGUGACUUCCCCGUCACAUCCCACAAUCGGUACCCAUUACCGUACUGGCUCGCUAGGAACUGCCGUCAGCAGCAUAAACGAGCGGCCGCGACGAGAUACAACGACCACUGUGAGCAGUGACAUAUCUUCGGACAAUGACUUGGAUGCAUCAGCCUUCAAGAGGCGCCAAAUUCAGUUCUCUGGCCACGACCAGGUGAUAGAGCCUACGAGAAAGAGGCAUGGGCCCCCAGGCCCUCGGGACCUUGAAGAGCUCAAUGAGCAGGCCGAAGACUCGGGCGCUGAGUCCGUCGGCUCGGCCCUCUCAUCUGAAUUUGACGCAACAGCGGGUUCUGCGUCGCUUCUGGCAGGAGUUGGGAUUACUGGUAGCUUGGAUUCAUCGUCGCCAAUUGCUCUGAUGCAUAAGUUACAGAAUGGCACGAGCUCGCAGACUGCAUCUCCAAGGAAGCCAAAGGUCCCAGCGCCAGAAUUACAAGAUCUUCCUCCUCCACGGCCGAUCAGUACUGUUCAGCCGGUAAGUUUGCUCUCGAAGGCGCUUAACGCGCGCAAGAAAGCGCCGACCAACCCUGCCGAAAAAUUUGCGGUGUUAUCAGGCAAGGGCUUGAAUGAUGUCCUGAACAUUAAACUCUAUCUGCCUUUCUCCGCCGACCCUGACGAGCCACUUGAUCUGCCAAUCACCCGCGAGUCAAAACUUGCCGAGCAACCAGCGCCAGUAACUGUUGUUGAAGCUAUCGGCCUAGCCCUCUGGCGAUACACGGAAGAAGGCCGUGAACCGGCUGUCGAGCGCAGCAAGCUCACUGUGAACAUGUGGACGCUUCGGAUGGUGGAAGAUGGUGAAGUCGAAUAUGAUUUUCCUGCGCUGGGUCGAACGUCGCCUAUAGCUGAUUUUACUUCGAAUAACAAUCGGGCCGCUGGUCGUCGAACCAGAGGAAAGCAGUAUGAUGAGUUCGCGCUUGUGGAAGCAUCGAAGGCGGAAUUUGAAGACAACGAGCGACUAUUUCCUAUGUUCAGUCUGGCCCCUCCCCCAGAUGACAGUGGAGAGGCUGCUACGACAACGACGGCCCCGACAAGUCAGCCUGUUCCGCCAAACAAGGCACCUCGUCAGAAUCCCAUUUUGGGACAACCAUUCUCUUCAGCGCUGAACGACAACACACUUACGCCCGCUGAUCGACCUGCCGUGCCCACGUCCCAUGCGACUCCUCGAUUGGGCGUUUCGAAAACGCUGAAGAUCCGGUUCAUCAAUGUGGAAGCCUCCACCCAGGUGACCACCCUCAACACGUCUACCGACAGCUACAUCGCCGAGAUCCUGGAUUCCGUGUGCAAGCGAUGGGGUCUGGACAAGGGAAACUAUCUACUCAAAGUUAUGGGGUCCAACACGAUCGCGCCGUUGGACCGGACCGUGGAGGCGUUGGGCAACAUUACGGAGCUCGACCUGGUGCGCCGGCGUUUCGGGCCGCAGUCGCUGACGGGCUCUCCCGGCAGCUCAUCCCCGAAUGCGCCGCUCCUCAUUGACAGCAACAGCGCGCCUAGCAAGAAGGGGAAGAAGAGCGGACAGCGCAUGCUGCAUCCACUCACUCAGAAGCAGGAUCUCACUGGCGGGUAUUAUCGGCGGUACUACGUCUGGCGUAAACAAUCCAUGUCAUUCACGGCCUCCAACCAUCGGAUUUUGACGUUUGACAACGACUAUAUGCAUAUCAUGCCGGCGGACACGGGCAAAACGGCCUCGGACACAAAGACGCGGUCGAUCAGCUUCAGUGAUGUCGUUGGGUGCAAAGUGAGCCGGCGACACCCGAAGAACUUCCGGGUGGUAGUCCUGCGCGGCAACGAAGCCAACGAGCAGAAACGGUAUGACUUCGAGGCACGGAAUGCUCUCGAGGCGGUGGAAAUUGUGGACGAGAUCAAGAAGAACAUGGCCCAUUAUCGCAUCUAGGCUCAGCAUCGUAUUCUUAUUGCUGUUACGACACGGGCGGAGGGACCCUUCCGCAAGGCAGGCGGCGGCGUUGCGAUCUUUGCUAGGUAGGAGUACAUAGGAGCCUUUUUUUUUUCUCGGUUGGAUUUGAGGUUCGAAUCAGCAUGGAGCCAGGCUACAUUUUAACAAUUGGAACCGUCUUUUCAGGGAGCGGGAAGUGUGCCUUCAAGAAGUCGGAGUGUGUAGGAAGGUAGGCAACGAGAAAAGCAGCGACUUGGGUAUCGAGCCCCCGACACCGACAGAAUAAUAAUAAUGCUUGAUGCAAGCGGUCGAGAGGGACCCAGAGUAACUAGCCAACCAGGAUGGAGGUGGACG